GCACUCGCGAGCCACUGGCAGCACACAAGCGCGAGAUAAAGAUGGCGGCGACUGUAGGGGAAACAGCGUGAUAUGCUGGAGUAGUGGCAGUGAACUCGAGUAAUACCGCUGUAUGACGAACCAUCGCAAAAUGGUAAACAUGUCACAGUAGGUGUUUACUGGUUAUACCAAGUACUACAAACUCACCUCACCCCCCUUCCCCCUGAGAAAACAUUCAUCUUGUAAUUGUGGAGAAGUCUCACCGGGAGCAUGGCUUCGCACAGCAACCAGUACAUCUUUGGGGAAUUCAGCCCAGAUGAAUUCAAUCAGUUCUUUGUGACUCCCCGCUGUUUUGUUGAGCUUCCCCCCUUCAAUGAUAAAGUCUCCUGCAUCAGUCACCCCUCAGGAGGUUACUACACUCCUGAUAUGCCUUGCAUAACGGAAUCAUUGAGACGGCAGGUUUGCGGAGAGGACUACCAGCACAUCGAGUUUGGCGUGGAUGAGGUAAUGAGUGGCGAGACAUUGGCUUUAAAGGAUCCACUGUACAAAGUGUCCAGCACUCUGAACCCUCAGGCUCCUGAGUUCAUCUUAGGUUGCCAACCGUCACAGAAUUCCCUUCCCACAGCAAGUCCCAUCGCUGACAUUGCAGAUGGCGAGGACUUCAACUCCCACUGCGGCACCAACUCUGAGACCUCAGUGCAGUGCUGUUCAGACAUGGAUGGGGUGUCGGGCGGCUUGGGGCAACGAAAGAAAAAGAAAAAACGACCGCCGGGAUACUACAACUAUCUUGAAGGAGCGAACAGCGCUGGUGGGGUCACAGAUAGAGUUGGGGGUUCAGGUCUGGUAAAUGGACACACUCCAAACGCUCCGCUCAUGGGCUCGGAGGACAUGGUCGGGGAAAUGCUUUCCGAGGCUGAGCUUAUUCCCCCCGCUUCUGUAACAUCCACCGCAUCAACCCCCCAAACCUCCCCCCUUUCCCAUCAGAGAACUUGUGAUAGCCCUGACAAUUCAACAUUGGACUUGACAAGCAGAGCUGCUGCAUUGUUGGACAGUAACGGUGCAGCUUCUUUGCCUAAUUCAUCAUCGUCGUCUCAGAGCAGUGGGGUGGCAAAUUAUGCCAGGACUGCAGAGCAACACGCAGAAACCCCAGCUUUAGAGCGUCCAGAACUUUUUGGUAACGGAGGGCACAGCCCACCUCUGCCGUCUCCCAUUCCCCCACCUGCUGCUGUGGCCACAUCCACUGUCACCACAAUUUCUGCUACUACUGAUGAAAGCGAGGCCGAGGGCUCGGGGGAGGCUAACGGGCUGCCAGAGACUGCCCCGUCUGCCGAAGUUGCAGACAGACUCCAAGACUCGCCUGAAACGGGCGAGGUGCUGUCCGAUUCUUCGGUCACCCCUCUGCCUGAUUCAGAGGUACAGCCGGUAGUCUUGCCAGCUCCCCCUGCAGCUCCUGUGGCCAACCAGCCAAAAUCCUGGGCCAGCCUCUUCCACAACUCCAAGCCUCUUCCAGGAGGCCCUCAGGCAUACGUUGAGGUGAAGAGCGCACCUGCUAUGGUCACGUUGGCACCUGCUGCCACAGAGUUGCCUGAGAAGGCCACUGAGGUGCGUGAGAGCCCCGUCCCUGUUUCUGAAGAUCCUAUGGCCCUAAAAUUGGCAGAAAUAAUUGAGAAUGUGAGGUUAAUACACAAACCAGUGUCUUUGCAACCACGAGGACUGAUAAACAAGGGAAACUGGUGCUAUAUCAACGCUACCCUGCAGGCCCUUAUUGCGUGUCCACCCAUGUAUCAUCUGAUGAAGUCUAUUCCCCUUUUCAGUGAAAUGCAGAGACCCUGUACAUCAACACCCAUGAUUGAUAACUUUGUUCGGCUUGUGAAUGAGUUCAGCAAUAUGCCUGUCCCUUCCAAGGCCAAAUUGCAAGCUACUGGAGACAAGAUAAUAAAAGACAUAAGAACGGGCGUUCCUUUUGAACCCACAUAUAUCUACAAACUCCUCACCCUCAUCAAGUCAAGCCUUUCUGAGAAGGGUCGACAGGAGGAUGCAGAAGAGUACCUCGGUUUCAUACUGAAUGGACUGCAUGAGGAAAUGGUGACACUGAAGAAGCUUAUCUGUCCACAGGAAGAGAGUACGUUCCUUUCUGAAUUUUGCACUCGUUACAGCAGAAGUCAGGCACUUGAAGCCCCCACGCCGAACGGCCCUGAGUCUCAGCCUGGUGUGGAGGAAGAUCCUGCUGAGAAAGAGGAGGAGGGAAGUGAGGAUGAGUGGGAGCAGGUGGGACCCAAAAACAAAACCUCCAUCACCCGCCAGGCAGACUUCAUCCGUACUCCCAUCACAGACAUAUUUGGUGGCCUCAUCAGAUCUGUGGUAUACCAGCAGAGCUCAAAAGAGUCGGCCACCCUGCAGCCCUUCUUCACACUGCAGCUGGACAUCCAGUCGGAGAAGAUCCGCACAGUCCAGGAAGCCCUAGAGAUACUGGUGGCACGGGAGUCCGUUCAAGGCUACACCACUAAGACCAAACAGGAGAUUGAGAUCAGCCGGAGAGUGACUCUUGAAGAGCUUUCUCCAGUGCUGGUUCUUCACCUCAAGAGAUUUGUCUUUGAGAAGACCGGUGGAUGUCAAAAACUGGUCAAGAAUAUUGAUUACCCCGUUGAUCUGGAGAUCAGUAAAGACCUCUUGUCACCGGGGGUGCGAGGCAAAACUUUGAAAGGCCUAAGAACCUACAGGCUCUUUGCAGUCGUCUAUCACCACGGAAACAGUGCUACGGGUGGCCACUACACUACAGAUGUCUUCCACAUCGGUCUGAACGGCUGGCUGCGUAUUGAUGACCAGGCGGUCAAGAUCAUCAAUCAGCACCAGGUGGUGAAGCAGACUGCAGAGCGCACCGCCUACCUGCUGUACUACCGCCGCGUGGACCUGCUGUAGAAACCAUACCCGCAUGACAUAAACACGCACGCACACACACACACAAUUACAUACAGACACGCACACGAUCGCACAUACACACAGGAACACUGCCCAACAACACGAUUGUCCUUUCUCCUUCGAUCCUGCUAUUCCAGAGAGCCAGUUUUUCCCUACAUUUCUUUAUAUUCAUGUUUGUUCGGGGAAGAAGAGGUAAACGCAACAGACUUUCCUGAAAUGGCGUUCCCCGGAGAGGUUAAGGGGGGCGCAUACUAGCACUGGAGAGGACUUCAGUUUAGAGAUAACCGCUAAUAUCCACAGUCUCAUGUUGGAUUCUCGAUGAAAGAACUUUAAGGACUGCUGGAGAACAUCAUUCAUAAUCGUUUUUGUUUGAUCUACUUUUUUUUUUAAAUGGCAUAGAAAUCAAGUGAAGUGUUUUGCCUUUUAGCAAAGGGGAGUUGACGGCCUAAUUUGCGACAGGUUGAAGUCUUUGACUAAAGCGUCUAAAGGCCCUGCACCAGCAAGCUACCGAAAUCUGUUUAGAUCUCAAACUCCUCACGCAAGACACUCUGCUCCAUCACCAUCUCCUGUUCUCUCCCCGUUCGUCACGACGUUUCAAUUCACGGAUAAAAGAUCCCAGGUGAGAGAAAAGGUCCUGUGGUGUGCUGAAGUGGAAAAAGCGAAAAAAGAAAAAAAUUUGGCUUCGUUGUUUGAGAGAACCUCUUGUGUGAUUUUUGGGUGUAGGAUUAGAAUGACUAUCUUACAAUUUUAACGCGCUUUAGGAUAUAAAUGAUUAAAAGCUUUGUGCACGCAAAAAUAAUAAACUGGUCAAUAAAAACGCGGGUGUUUCUUGCAGAUAUUUAAGUUUUAAAAGUAUUAAAGGAAAUGCAAAAAUCUGAAUCUCGGCAGCGGUCAACAACACGUUCGGCUCCCCGUGGGGGUUGCGCUUGUUCUGUAUGCUUGUAUUGUACAAACCCGCCAAGUGUAUUUUCAUGCUGAUCAGAUACCGAAAUUUUACCUUACUUUUCGUUUCACCAUCCUUCACUCAUUCUGUUAAAUCAUAAAAUUGACCGGCUGUCUGCUUUUUGAUGUUAGCAAAGGAGCGAGAACCAAGCCACUCCUGCCAAGUUUGAAAAUGGAGCUGUCUUGAUACGGGUUUGCAUCUCAUUCUGUAUGUUAGCCCGCUCCGAGCAGUCAGCCUGUAAUGUACAUGUUGAGGCUCCGUGUGCAGCUCUGAGGAUGAAUAAAUGGCAAAAAUGUCUUAAAGCUGUGUUACCAUGAGAUCAGCUCCGCAUGAGAAUACCUAAAAUGCUACCACAGAUGCGCACAAACAUCGAAUCAUGUUUGCGUCUGUUUCUGAACUUCAUCAAUAUUAUACCUGAUUGUAUUUUGUUGAUUUUCGAAGUUGAUUUUUCUUUUCUUCAUUUCGCAUUCCCCUGCUAUUAUUUCUGUUCCAUCUGAAUUGAUUUUUGAAAGUUAAGUGACCCAAGGUUAAAGCACAACAAUGAAUAAAGUUAAAGUACUACGCUUGACCAUA